AUGCCCGCCAAAGUUCGUACAGCAAAUACACUCGUGGCACGCUUCCUUGAACGUGCCGCAGCACAAUCGCCAAAUCCCGGGGCUCUGGUCCCCAACCCAUUCCUUCCUCAGAAAAAUUCUCAAACUGGCCGCUGGCACGGUCCCCGGUAUUCGUUGCGUCGACAAAAAGAACUCGUGAAGCAGGCCCGUGCAGAUGGGGUCAUCGGAUUACUACCCCCGGGGGUGAAGGCUCGCCGCGAAGAUGGUGCUGGCGAAAGGAGUGAUGUGGCUAGUGCUUCAAGUGGUCUACCGGCGUUAAACUGGGAGGGCGAACCGGCGCCUAAAUCGACCGUGGGGAUUCGUUCAACUCAACGAAGAUUCAAGGGCCACAAGUGGGAACGCGAAGCGAAGGAAAGGGCCGAGUUUGUGGCAAAAAGAAUGGAAACCAUGGCCAAGAGGAUCGCCGAGGCUAAAGCGGCCAAGAUACAAGAAAGGACAAAAGCACGCCCAUCGUUGCCUUUCUAA